ACAAUGGCAUUUAAUGACCUGCCUAUUGAAACUUUAAAAAGGAAGAUAGAUGAAGCUCAGCGCUUUCUCUCCAUAUCGUUAAGCAUCUCGAAUGCGCACACAGUGGACUUUUACACGCGUGAUGUUUGGAGCACGUUCAUGUGUGUGAGUCCAGAAGAAGUGUUGUGUGCUAUCAGUUCCACACAUGAGCACACGGGGGCGGUAGAAGAGAAGAAAAACACCACAUUUGGUUUCUGCAAUGCCUCAAAGAAGCUGGUGGACAUAUCAGCCCUGCUGAGGGCAGCCAAAUCCCACUGUUUACCGGGUCUGGGGGUCUGUAUGCAGCUGGAAGAGCUGAUGCAGAAUUUCAAACUGAUCUAUGGAGACACUAUAGCAGGAGAGUCAUCAGACAAAGUUCUUGUUCCAGAUGAGUUUAUGAACUGUAAGAAGGCCCAUGAAGUGCAGGCAAUGUCUGAGGUUGUGUCUAGUUUGGCCGAAUGCUGCCGAGUCAAACAGGUGAUAGACGUGGGUUCGGGGAAAGGAUACCUGUGCUCCUAUCUAUCCAUGCGGUUUAAUCUACAGGUAUUCGGUAUCGACUCCUCCAGCACCAACACACAUGGAGCUCAGGAGAGGAACAGGAAGCUGAAGAAGUUCUCCAAAGCCUAUCGGAAACAGAACAGAGCUGCUGGGAAUCAAGCUUUAGACAGUGAAGAUGGGAGUAAACAACCCAGCAGAAACUGUGAGAACAGUGAUGGCAGCAAAAACUUUAUUACAAAGGAAACGGGAAGUUUUGUAGCUCAAGUGGAAACCAGUGAUUUAUCAAAACAAGUCACCAGUGAUUUAUCCGCUUCAGAUAAUGCCACAUUAGACCCCAGUGAUUCGAAUGCAGGAAGCAGCUUCCUCAGCAUGCUGUCUCCAGACGUCAUAGAGGACGCUUCUCCUCGUGUCCACCCCAGCCAGCUGAGCCUGGAGGAAAGAGAGAAGAGGAAGAGGGAGAAUCUGGAGAGGAAAGCUCGAGAAGGGAGAGGGAACGACAGCGACAGCAGCCUGUUUUCACCUCUGACCUCAUAUGUCACUGCAGAAACUGAACUCAAGACGCUGAUCACAGAGCUGGAGGAUGCAGUUCUGGUUGGCCUGCAUACGUGUGGAGAUUUGGCCCCCAGCACUCUGCGGAUGUUCAGGGCCAAACAGGAGCUGCGGGCCGUUUGCAGUGUGGGCUGCUGCUACCACCUGCUUUCUGAAGAGUUUGAUCAGGACAGACAGGGGUGUAUCAGCGGUGUGUGUGGUUUCCCCAUGAGUCAGUAUCUGAAGGAUCAGGCCUGUUUCUGUGGUCGAAAUGCCAGGAUGUCAGCAUGUCUCGCUCUGGAAAGAGUGUCUGCCGGGGGAGGGCUGCCUAUGGAGUCACUUUUUUAUCGGGCGGUUCUCCAUGUUAUUUUACAGUAUCACUAUGAUUGCUUUAAAAGUGAGAAACGUGUUGGGAACGUGUACUCCAAAGCCUCGUCGUUUGUGGACUAUGUCAGGCGGGCACUUAGGAAGCUGGAUCUGGAUGAGACUAAAUUAUCUGACGCUGACAUUCAGAGCUAUCAUGAUCGCUACAGACCCAGAAUGAAUGAGAUGGUGGCUUUUAACAUGUUGAAAGUAACCUUGGCUCCAUGUAUAGAGGGUCUCAUCCUCCUGGACCGACUUUGCUACUUGAAAGAGCAGGAGAAUGUUUCUCAUUCUGCACUGGUCCAGCUCUUUGACCCCCUCCAGUCCCCUAGAUGUUAUGCAGUUGUUGGUAUAAAGGAAUCUACAGUUUGAAGACCAAAGCUGGUAGCCCUGCUGCUUAAUUUUUUCCUCAAUUGCUAACACACAAUUCAUGAAACAAUUCACCAACUAUAAACAUAAUCUCAAAACAACACACCCACUUGUACAAACCUCAAACUUCCACAUCAAAAUCAAAUAUUUUAAUCAAAAACAUAUUCUAUUUUACCAUAAUCAAAGACUACUCCACUGCCUAGAGAACACUAUAAGAUCAAUUUAAAAUACUAUUACAAAAACCUCCUUUUGAGAAUCACAAAUCAUUUUGCAAUUGAACGUUCGCAAAGACCCGCCCUCUUUAGUUACUGUUUCUAUGUCCGACAAGCCAUGCCACUCUCACGCAGUGAAAAAUACAUGGCGGAGCAAAGAGGACACUGACAACGCGUCAACAGACAAGCCAGAGAAAGUUACUUUCGAUAUGAAACAAACUCUAAAAUUUCAAAUAAUGUAAUUUUUAAAUAAAUUUAAACAAUAAAUCCCAUUUUGUGGCUCUUUAAUGUGUCGUGACAGAUCGCUGUAGCGCCUCAGCUCAAGCGGCUCGUGUACAGAUCAGCUCUUCCUACUAGUUAAUUUAUAGCAUCAAAUAAACAUGAAAGAACAUCAGAAAGAAUGUUGUUUCAGCUGUGGAAAGAUAUCAGUACACACCAUUUUUCAGGUUCAAGUCCACCGAUGUAAUCUACUAACUCCCCUGACUGCUUUUUUGGAUGCCGUUAUGACUGGUUAGAUUGCCUGUCAAUCAAACUCCUUGUGAAGGGUCAAGUAUGUCUAUUACAGUAUACAACAUAUGAGGGGUGCAGAUACAGUGAAAUUCAACAAUAAACUUUAAGAAAAGUUGAUUUUCAUUACACUAUACAGUUAAGAGAUCUUGCAGCAGAUGAAAAGCACUAGAAAUAAAAACUCAAAUACAAAAUAAUUUAAUAUGAACUCAGUAUGCAACACAAUACAGUAUACUGAUUGUAUUGUCCAAAUUGCAUUAUAGUAAUGGUAACGACCAUGUUUGCCAUACUAUAGCAGUUUCUGACAAAAGACCUUCUCUCUCUCCGCUAGGCAGUCGUCUCUCAGUUCUGCAAAAAUAUAGUACGUUUACGAAUUAAUUGCUAUAAAUCAAAUUGACAAUUAUGAAUUUGAGGGUGUACAACAUGUGCUACAUUUACUGUACAUAGAGUGAAAGUUCUGUCAUCUAAAGUACUUCUAAUUAGGGCUGGGAAGAUAAAUCAAUGCAUCGAGAAAUGAAUCUGGAUUGAUUUUGAGAUUUUCCAAAUGCAUCGUGAUUCUCUCUCGAAUCGAUUCUGAGCUUAGUUUUUAACAGUAGAAGGCACUGCAUGCUUUAGAAACACCCGUACUCUGCCUGCUUCCAAUUCCUUACACACACCACUUAAACCUAAAAUAAUCAUUCAUAAAGUUCAAAAAGCAAUGCGUGGUGCAAGUGCAAGUACAUUCUCAGACUUAGCCAAACACACAAGCGCUCUUCUACAUGAGCAUUUGAGCAUGCAGUUAAAAACUAGCCUAGAGCGCCAUCUGCUGUUAAAAACUAAACUCAGAAUUGUAAGGCAUUCAGAAGAUCUCAGAUUCUAUCCACAAAUCUACUUUGUACUUUAGUCAAGUUGUAUAAAAACCCUGUAGAUGACCCUGAAGGCCAAUUGUCUUUAUUGGGGUCAUGGUCAUUCCAUGUACAAGAACAUGCUAUAGUGAUUUGUAUUUCAACAGGGACAAAUUACCCCAUCCCCUUCAUUCUUCUUUUCCCCUCAUCUUCCUCAUCCCACCACUAGGAUUGAUUUUCCAAAGCACAUAAUCACCUGUGGCCCUAUUUAUAUUAUCCUGAGAUUCUAAUUCAUCGGUUUUGCUACUUAAUGUUUACAAAUGGAUAAAUGUGUGUUAUUUGAAUUUGUAUUGCGAUGACUUGAGUUCAUUAUAUUGUGUUUUCUGAAUGAGAACAUGGUUAAACCUUUUGUAAAAUGAGGGCAUUUUUGUGUAGAGUUUUGCAGAAAACAUUGAGAAAAUCUGUGAACGCCUUUGUUUCGAGAACUGAAUGAAUGGUUUGGGAAAUUGGGCCAGCUGAGUCAGUUAUAGUCUGUUAGCAAUUGAGAAAAACUAUGUAAUUAUAUUUUACAAAAAUUAUCCACAAAAUAAAUGAUGUCAAAAUAGGGUCAGUUCACAGUAAAUGAAAAGCAGUUUUGAAUUCAAUCCAGUUGCUCUAAAAACCUGGCUGUAUUACUCUCUGGAUCGGUUCAGUUAUGAUGCAUUGGAUCAGUCUGCAGCUUAAAGCGGAAAGAUAUAGUGAUCAAUGUGAUGCAGAACGUUGCUUUUAGUGUUCAUUAGUCUGACUGGUUUAUAAAUCAGCCUUUAGCCAGCCAUACGAGGACAUCAGUCACACUUGAGACGUCUUGUGCUUCCACUUAUUUAACACACCAUUAAUAUUAAUCAGACAUUUAGCUCUUCAUUAUUUUUAGCCAUUGCACACAGACCAUUAUUCUCCUGUCUUGCAUGUUUUAGUUAAUAUUCAUAAAUGAAACACCUCGAGGUAGCUGUUGUCUUAACUUGAUUGAUUCUUCAAUGUGUUUUGCUUGAUUAAGACCCUUUUAAAACUAGCAGCACUGAAGGCACAAAAACAUUUUUUUUUCUCACUUUGUUUUCUUGUGCGUUUGCUUAUACUACUAUAUUUAGUGUUACUGUUUAUGUGUUUGCUUCUAUCUUAAGAGGAAAUGACUCCAUGAGAGAAUUCAAAGCCUGUAAGGAUACCUCUUGGGUUUUUUGAUAACUUUGGCCUGUCUCAAUAUGAUUUCAUACUGUUUGUAUGCACUUCCAAUUGGCAAAAGUGGUUACUGAAAACCUGUUGAACUUCUGCUGAAAUAUUAACUAAUCCAUGUGACCGGCUUGUGUAUAUUAGCUUUUACAGACUCCAGUGAAUCAAUAUUUUCAUUGUAGUAAUUAUAUGUCAUUAUUUAUUGAAUUCAAACAGUAGGGUAAAUAUUUGAGGAAAGUUUCUUUCAGAGAAAGUAGGCCACAUUGCUAAGCCCAAGCAUGUAAUUCCUGCUUCUAAUGACUUUUCCUUCUCUAACAGCUCCAUAUCCAUUUAUCAUGGUACCACUUGACCAGAACAAUGCAACUUCUCUGCCAUUAUUUCUGGAAAAAAUAGACGCCGUUAGUGUGUCUGAGUGGAGAUAAGCAUGGCUACACAUUGACACUGCAGCACUUGAGCCUGAACUUCAUUGAGUUUUUUGGUGCCAGUCUAAUGCUUUGCCAAAAUGAGUCUGUUGCAUGUUUCUAUCAUGAAUUCAUUUUUUUAGCAGAUGUAUUGUGCCAUAUCCUGUCCUGCAUCUAAAUUAGAGAAAGGAAAAGCUUCAGGAUAAUAAUAUGAUGCACUCCACAACAUCUCUUUGAGACAUAAAUAGCAAAGCGAUGGGAAACCAGCUUACUCACUCCCUUAUUUCCUGAAAUUUUGCUGCUUUUUUUUUUUUUUUUUUUGCAUGCAAGGAGGUUGAGGAAAUGCUUCUCUAUCGUCACAAGGAAUGUCCAGCUCCACUUUGAACAAAAGUUUCCUUUUUAGUACAUCAUUAAAAACACAAUUUGUUUUUCUUCUCCUAAAGCACAAACAACCAACUGAUUUGUUUGCUUAUGAGGAGAGUCAUUUUUCACUUCACAGAACAGCUGCUGUCCCCAGAAGUUCUGUGGUCAACAAUCAUGGUGUGUUUCACUGCCUAUAUGACUUCAGGAUAUAAAUAACACAUUUACCAAAGCUGUGAGAUGGACUUCAAGAAAACUAACAUUUGUUGACCUCUUAUGGCUGGUUGAAAGACAAUGCAUUUUUGUGUUCAUCUGUGCUGCUUUUCAUUUGUUUUUCUGUGUAAACAUGUUGGAUGGAUGUAGAAUGGGGAUGUGUUUACUAAGAAAACCUAUUACUUUGAGUGGCAUGUUUUUAGAAUGCCAUGUCAUUAUUGCAUUGGUCAAAGAUGUCCCUCUAGCAUAUGUUUAUAGAAGAACAAUGGAAAAGCAGAGCGAUCUCUAGGGUUGGGUAUCGUUUGAAUUUUAGUGAUUCCAAUUGUGCUUAUCGAUUCUGACUAUUUUCGAUUCCCAGUUUCCAUUCUAGUGAGGUAAAAACAUUUAUUCAAACACACACACACAUGUUCGUUUUUGUGAAUUGUGGGGACAUUCCAUAGGCGUAAUGGAUUUUAUCCUGUACAAACCGUAUUUUCUAUCCC